AUGCUUAUUGCUUUCUCGUCUCGUUCAUCAGUGCGGUUAACGCUUCAAACUAGUCGCUAUUUAAGCUCACAGGAUUAUAUAGACCGGGAACUCAGAUAUGGUUGCCACAAUUAUAAACCACUUCCUGUGGUGCUUGCAAAAGGCAAAGGGACGAAGGUAUGGGAUAUCGACGGAAAAGAAUAUUUCGAUUUUCUGUCCGCGUAUUCGGCUAUUAAUCAAGGACAUUGUCAUCCACGUUUGGCUAAUGUGAUUAAAGAACAGGUUGACAUAUUAACAUUAACAUCGAGAGCAUUUUACAAUAAUGUUUUGGGUGAAUAUGAAGAAUUUAUCACAAAAAUUUUUUCUUAUGAUAAAGUUUUGCCCAUGAACUCAGGAGUUGAGGCUUGUGAAUCUGCCUUCAAACUUGCUCGACGUUGGGCAUAUGAUGUAAAAAAGAUUGCUAAUAAUAAAGCGAAAAUGGUGAUGGCUAAAGAUAACUUUUGGGGACGUAGUGUUGCAGCAGUAUCUUCUUCAACUGACGCUGAAAGUUAUGGGGGAUUUGGUCCUUUUCUUCCUGGCAUUGAAACUGUUCCUUACGAUAACCUUGAAGCUUUAGAGAAAGCCAUAAGUGAUCCAAACACGGCUGCUUUUAUGGUUGAACCAAUUCAAGGUGAAGCUGGUGUCGUCAUACCAAGUGCCGGCUAUAUGAAAGGCGUUCGCGAUUUGUGUACCCGAUAUAAUGUUCUAUUUAUCGCUGAUGAAGUGCAAACUGGCUUAGGACGAACUGGGAAGAUGCUUUGUUCACACCACGACGAUAUCCGUCCCGAUUUGGUUACUCUUGGCAAAGCACUUUCUGGUGGAACUUAUCCGGUAUCUGCUGUACUGUGUGACGACCACAUUAUGUUAAACAUUAAACCAGGACAACAUGGUUCAACAUAUGGUGGUAAUCCACUUGCUUGUAAAAUUGCUAUCGAAGCCCUGAAGAUUAUAAUGGAAGAACGAUUACCAGAAAAUGCUGCAAAAAUGGGCAAAAUACUGAUGGACGAGCUGAAGAAAUUGCCAAAAGAUGUCGUUAAUACAGUUAGAGGAAAGGGCCUUCUUUGCGCGAUCGUGAUCAAUCCAAAAAUUGACGCUUGGAAAGUGUGUUUACAACUUGCAAAGAAUGGUUUAUUAGCCAAGAAUACGCACGGUGAUAAAAUUCGCUUUGCACCACCACUUGUGAUCUCCGAAAAAGAAAUAUAUCAAUCAGUUGAAAUCAUUGCUGAUACCAUCAUGAGUUUCAAAUGA